GAAGCAGCUUCCAUCGGAUAAGAGAGCUGAGGUGGGGGGGGAAUUGAAGAAGCUGGCCGUCAGGCUACCUGCUCCUCUCGACUCUGCCUACCUACGAAUAUAUAUUAACUGCAAAUUAAGAUGACAGUACCGUUGAGGAUCUCUCUCUGCCUCUGUACUUUCCGGCUACUGGUUGUGCUACUGAAAACAUACUUAACGGCAUUAGCGCCUGCGCCGGCGGCGGGGGGCUCCGUCCAGUUCAGCCGGGCGGACUUUCCUCCCCACUUCAUUUUUGGUUCAGGCACCUCUGCUUACCAGGUUGAGGGCGCAGCUUUCGAAGAUGGAAGGACUCCGAGCAUCUGGGACACCUAUGCUCAUGCCGGAAGAGCGCGGGGAGCUACUGGGGACAUAGCAUGUGAUCAGUAUCACAAGUACAAGGAAGAUGUCCAACACAUGGUGGAAUCAGGCUUAGAAGCUUAUAGAUUCUCAAUAUCAUGGUCAAGACUAAUCCCAAAUGGAAGAGGAUUGAUCAAUCCAAAGGGUCUUGCAUAUUACAAUAACCUGAUAAAUGAACUUCUCAAACACGGAAUUCAACCACAUGUUACUCUAUUCCAUUCUGAUCUACCACAAGUACUCGAAGAAGAGUAUGGAGGAUGGAUUAGUCCAAAGAUUGUGAAAGACUUCACAGCGUACGCCAAUGUGUGCUUCCAAGAAUUUGGCGACCGGGUUUUGCAUUGGACGACCUUGAAUGAGGCAAAUAUAUUUGUACUGGGGGGUUAUGACUAUGGAUUUACGCCGCCUCAGCGAUGUUCUGCCCCGUUUGGAAUCUGCAGUAGGGGCAACUCCUCAACCGAGCCAUAUAUUGCUGGACAUAAUGUCUUGAUGGCACAUGCAUCAACUGCAAGAUUGUACAGGGAAAAGUACCAGGGCAAACAGCAUGGACUCAUAGGGAUUAAUCUCUAUACCUUUGGGCUUCUUCCUUUUUCAAACACAACGGAAGAUGCAAUUGCAGCUCAACGAGCCAAUGAUUUCUUUCACGGUUGGUUUGCUGCACCCUUGGUGUUUGGAGAUUAUCCAGAGAUAAUGAAGAAGAAUGCAGGUGAAAGAAUUCCAGCCUUCACUGAAGAUGAAUCCAAACUAGUAAAAGGAUCAUUUGAUUUCAUUGGAAUAAAUCAUUAUAUCACAUUGUCCAUCAAGGAUGAUCCCAGUAGCCUGGAGAAAGAUCUCAGGGACUUCAAUGGGGACUCAGCCAUAGAUAUGAUCUUUUCACAAGGGGACACUCCAGUAUUUGAGUUCCCGAUUAUGCCAUCGGGUCUUCAGGUCACAUUGGAGCACUUCAAGCAAGUUUAUGGAAAUCCUCCCAUAUAUAUUCAAGAAAAUGGACAAAGGACUCGGCGAAAUGAAACAUUAGACGACACAACAAGGGUGAAAUAUUUGCAAGCUUUCAUUGGGGCUUUGCUUGAUUCUGUGAGGAAUGGAUCAAAUGCAAGAGGGUAUUUCUCAUGGGCAUUUUUGGAUGUAUUUGAGCUGUUGGACGGAUAUGGAUCUGGAUUUGGAUUAUACUAUGUGGAUUUGCAAGACUUGAAAAGAUACCCUAAGCUCUCUGCCCAUUGGUACUCUGGCUUCUUGAAAGGAGGAAAUAUCAGCUUGGAUGGGAUUAUUGCAGUUGAAAAGAAUCUAUCAGCUCCUUCUCAAGUUCAACUCACUCAGUAGUUUUUAUUAAUAUCCGGACUCAUCAAAUAUUCUACUACUUGUUUCUUGGCAAGGUUCUUGGCUUUUAUGCACAAGAAGGUCUAUUAAUGCGGUUGAUUUUUUUUUUGUUCUUUUUGUGUGAAUAAAAAGAUUGUCAUUUUAAUUUAGAUAAUGUUUAGUACAUGGCAAGGGUAUGGAAUUGGUUGCUUUAUUUCUAAUAAUAUUCAUUUUGUUUUUAACUAA